GCAAGUGCGAUCAAGUGCGUUCCUGCCCGUGAGCAAUCUCGCAACUUAUCACAACUUAUCUCUGUGAACACCUAUACUGUAUCAAGUCAUGUUUAUUUUUUUUUAUGGCGUUAGUUUAUUCAGUACUUUAGCACGCAUUUGCGGCUUGUUAAUAAAUAAAUAAUAUUUGAAAUGGAUGAUGUUUGAGCAGAUCAAACACUCAACAUGUAUCUAGUCAUGAUAGUAUUGUCAAUGUUAAUUUAUAUUCAAGCAUUUGAGGUACCUGAUGUAUCAUCAAAAACAGGACAUUCUAACAAUUGGGCAGUUUUAGUUGAUACCUCCCGCUUCUGGUUUAAUUAUCGACAUGUAGCAAAUGUGUUGUCGAUGUAUCGUAGUGUUAAGCGACUAGGGAUUCCUGAUUCCCAGAUUAUACUGAUGAUCGCUGACGAUAUGGCUUGUAAUCCGAGAAAUCCUAGACCAGCCACUGUAUUUAAUAAUGCAAAACAGCAUAUUAAUGUUUACGGUGAUGACGUAGAAGUUGAUUAUAGAGGUUAUGAGGUAACCGUUGAGAAUUUUGUGAGAUUAUUAACUGGAAGGUUACCCCCAGAAACACCGAGAUCUAAAAAAUUGCUAACCGACGAGGGUUCAAAUAUUCUGAUUUAUUUAACUGGCCAUGGAGGCAAUGGUUUUUUGAAAUUUCAAGACUCUGAAGAAAUCACUAGUCAAGAACUAAGCGAUGCUCUAGAACAAAUGUGGCAGAAAAGGAGAUAUCAUGAAAUUCUUUUUAUCGUCGAUACUUGUCAAGCAAGCUCCAUGUAUGAGAAGUUUUAUUCCCCAAAUAUUUUAGCUGUCGCUUCUAGCUUGGUUGGCGAAGAUUCUCUUUCGCAUCACGUGGACCAGGCUAUUGGGGUCUACAUCAUAGAUAGAUAUACGUAUUAUGCAUUGGACUUUUUGGAAAGAGUAGAACCUUCGAGUACAAGCACACUUGGUGAAUUUCUGCAGAUAUGUCCUAAACGUAACUGCUUAUCCACUGUCGGUGUGCGAACGGAUCUGUUCAUGAGGGAUCCAAACACGGUACCAGUGACUGAUUUCUUUGGUUCCGUAAGACCAAUCGAAUUAACGACUGCCAGUAUCAACGUUUUAUCAGUGAAAAGAAAUAAAACCUUGAUACCAAAAUCAGAAGAAAGACACAGCUAUGCCCCACAGUUUCCUGAUAUGUCUAAAUUUUUGUACAAUCAAUCGUUUGGAAAGUCGGAAUGCGUCUUGCUAAACUGAAUGGCCUUAACCCCUUUCGUGAUCAGCAUCACAUGAGAUCAGCUCAGCUGCGUAUCUUCCUUACUAGCAUCUGCUAUAAUAUAUCACAGUUGCCCGAGUAAUUACUACAUCUGGAAUUGGGUCUGGGUCGCCUUGCGUCGAUCCCGAAAGAGCGACAUCGACGAAUCAGAGGGCAAGGUGACUCUCUGACAUGAAGUUUUGUCGUUGUGUCGUUAUGUCACACAAACCGCGCACUAAGUGAUUAUGUUUAUCUUAAAAAAUUAUGGAAGCAGAUUAUCCAGCGUGCACGUGAACAGCACAUUAUUUCAUUCCUUCCACAAUUUCAAUGAAAACUAAUAUAUAAGUAAUGCCUUUUAUGUGUCGAGGCGGAAAAAUUAAUAACCCUUGGAAUGUUUCAGAGAUAGAAGUUCCGUACUUUUUUCGCAACUUCGUGUAGCAUGACAUGCCCUGCGUGUGCAUGGUCAGGAUUUCCCGGAAGUGAAGAUUUCCCACAUGCGUCAGCAUUGCCGAAUUUUUCUAAGCGACCUUCCGACAGACACGAUACAGACACGGACGGAAUUAUCAUCUCUUCAGCCGUGUGGGAAAAAUCUGCCUGCGUCACUUUAUCUCCUUUAAAUGGUAAACACUUAGCGAUGGUUAACGGUCAAGUUUAAUGUGGGUUUCUACGUAGCAAUCUGCGAAUGGUGCCAACAAAAAUAUCUCGGAUGCUGAGCUUGUAUAUAAAGAACGAGCUCCAUGGCGAAUGUCAGUACGAGACGUGAGUUCUUAGAUCAUUGAUCUUGACCAGUGCCCUCCAUUCAUUGCUCGAUCCAUUCAGUCCAUCGCAGAGGACGGUACGAAGCUCGAGGAAGG